GAACCUGUGACCAGAACUCUGGUUCUCAAUCCGAACCGACCAUUCCAAUUUUUAAAACUAUACUUUUUCAACUGUCUCUCUCAAAUGUACUCCGUAGCAUUUAAAAUUAAGAGCGCGCGCUUUAAUUAGUACGGAAUAAUCAUCCUCAUAAUCAUCCAAAACCUUCAUAUUGUGAAUUCGGAGCUAUGAAUUUCGUAUUCGCCGCUUCUCUGUUCGUCGCCGCCAUUUUCGCUUUCUGCAGUUGCGCAGCUCUCAAGCAAGGAGAAACUUGCGUCUCCAAUGACUGGUGCGGUGCCGGGCUUCAUUGUGAGAGAUGCAUUGCGGAGGCCAAUUCUGUGCCCAGGUGUGCUCGCAUUCAACCGGUUAAUCCAUUCUCUAAGGUCAAGGGGUUGCCAUUCAAUCGGUAUUCAUGGCUGACAACGCAUAACUCAUUUGCCAAAGCCGGUAUGAAGUCAAGCACAGGACACUUCCUUGUGACAACACCUAACCAGCAGGACUCUAUUACCGAACAACUGAAUAACGGCAUAAGGGCUUUGAUGCUUGAUAUGUACGAUCUGAACAAUGAUAUUUGGCUGUGUCAUUCAUUUGGAGGAAAAUGCCAGAACUACACUGCUUUUCAACCUGCAAUAAAUGUCCUUAAGGAGGUUAGAGUGUUCCUUGAAGCAAACCCUUCAGAAAUUGUCACCAUUAUAAUUGAAGACUAUGUUGCAAGCAAAAAUGGAAUAAGCACUGUUUUUAAUGCCGCUGGCCUGGGGAAGUUCUUGUUUCCUGUUUCUCUGAUGCCUAAAAAUGGCGGUGAAUGGCCAAUCAUUGAUGAUAUGAUCCAGCGUAAUCAACGGCUAGUGGUUUUCACUUCUAAGUCUGAAAAAGAAUUUUCAGAAGGCAUUGCUUAUACAUGGACAUACUUGGUAGAAAACAAAUAUGGGGAUGAUGGGAUGGUAAAUGAAUCAUGUACCAAUCGUGCAGAAUCACCUUCGCUGAACACGCUAAGUAGGUCACUAGUUCUUAUGAACUAUUUUCCCAGUGCGCCAGAUGUUUCUGAAGCUUGCAUACACAAUUCAAGACAAUUGAAGAGCAUGAUGUAUACUUGCUUUGAAGCUUCCGGCAAAAGAUGGCCCAAUUUCAUUGCUGUUGAUUUUUAUUUGAGAAGUGAUGGAGGGGGAGCCCCAGAAGCUGUUGAUGAGGCAAAUGGUCAUCUAGUCUGUGGCUGUGCAAACAUUGCAUAUUGCAAGGACAAUAUGAGUUUUGGGACAUGCGAGAUGCCUCAAGCGGACAUUUCUCCGGCUGAAAUGCCAGGUUCAGGAGAAACAAGCCUUGCAAAUCUGGAAAGAAUUUCAUUUGCGUUGCCAUGGCUUCCCGUGAUGUGGUUAUUGUCUCUUAUCAUGUGGUAACACUAAAACCCUUCUUUCCAACUUUUUUUAAGCUUACUAAAAAAAUUAUGGCAAUACACAUAAAAAGCAAAAAUUAAAAUACUUGUCUUAGG